CUAUCCAAAUAAUUAUUUGUAAAACGAAAAAAACAAACUUUUAUUAAGGCCUGAAAACAUCAGAAAAUUGUUAAUUGCUCUGUGUCAAAUAGCGUAACCAUCAUUGAUCAUUCUUGUUUCAACUACUAGACUUCUUCUGAUCAUGGACAGUAUGGUCUUUACGAUGCAAACUCGCCCCCGUAUAAAUGACGCCUUAACGGUCAUAUCGGGUCACUGCCAGAUGGGAGAGGGAGAGGAUGAAUUUGGUAGGAUCAACAGAGAAGAAUGCAAGCGAACCAAACAUGACUCGCUCUUCUCUAAAUGGCAGGUUCUUAUCGGACCUUCAGAUUGGGGAGAUUAUUCGCUUGGAAAGGAAGGUGCAGAUAGAUACAGGGUUCACAACCUCCCUACUUGUACAGGUCCAGGGCUGUAUGAGCUCGGUGUAGCAGUGCCUCGCAAGGGCUUAGGACGUGAAGUCAACAAGCUUGACUCAGAUGGUGUGGUUGUGGUUUACCUUGGACAAGCUGACAGUGUCCGUACACGGCUCCAGUGUUAUGGCCGCAGUGGUGCUCAUUUGAAUAACCCAAAUGACUCUGGCCUCAAAACUGGGCCUGGAUAUUUUGAGGAUGUAUUCAGUAGAGGCGCCUCCAUUGUGUAUAGAUGGGUUCCUAUGAAAAACAAGGCAGAUGCUUUGAAAACAGAAAAUCAGCUGCUCAAUAAAUUUGAUUAUGCAUGGAACAAAGGCAGUAAUGGCAUGCGUCGCCAUGAUGAUGUCCUUGGGAAACUCAAUAAAGUUGCUUCAAGGAAUUUUCAGUUUCCUAAACCUGUCAGGAAGCUUCUAUAUUUCAGUCGAGAACCUGUGGGCAUCAAAAUUAAAGGAAUCAAACUACUUCCACCGGGGAAUAAAUUCAGUGGUAAUGCUGAUGAGGAGAGUUACAACUUAUUUUCUCAAGUUUUUAAGUUUAGCAAAUCAAAGCCUAGGUUAGUUUUGGAUAGACAUGGUGCUGGUGAGGUCUAUACUGGUGUUUGUGGGGUUUCCUUAGGGGAUGGUUCUGUCUGUAGAAACCAACCAGUUCAAGGGAAUAAAAGGUGUGAUGAGCACAAAUGGAGGAAAAUGUAUGGUUCCAGUUCCAACUCAGUGGGAACAUCACAAGCUCUGCCUUCUGUGUUUAUUGAUUCCAGUACUAGCGAUGCUUUAAAAUGUGACAAAACUAAGCCUGGAAGAGUGCAACCAAAAGUUUUCUCGGAGAGGCAAGUUGCCAACCUCCAGUAUGAUACUAUAUGUGGUGUAGAAAUAGGUAAUGGGCGUGUCUGUACCAGAGAACCCGUUACAGGAAGAGUGAGGUGUGAAGAGCAUAAAGGUUUGAAGGUUGAUGGGCUCAUCUCUAAGCCAGCUACAAAAGAUAAAUUGAAUGGGGAUGAUGGCGAUGCUUUAAAAUGUGACAAAACUAAGUGUUCGAAUUUCAGUACACAUAAUGACAUGAAAUAUUGUAACUCUGUUUGUGGAGCACUCACACUUAGUGGUUCAUAUUGCAAAAGGCCAGUGAAGGGAAAUGCAAGGUGUUGGCAACAUUCAGUAUGUGCUUCCGACAUGCGUUCGACAAUCAGUUCAUAUUAUGACAAGAAAUCUGGAGGAACCUCUGUUUGUGGAGCACCCACACGCAAUGGUUCAUAUUGCAGAAGGACAGUUAAUCGGGGUGGAACUUGUUGGCAGCAUUAAACAAAACCAAGAGUAACAUGACAGUCAAGUCACGGCAUUAGGAAGCAUUCGCCCUUGGCUCAGGUUGAGGAGCAAAAAUAAAGGAAGCUCCUUGUGCUGGUGUAUCAUAGUCUCUUUCAUGUAUUUAUAUGUAUUAGGAUGCCUGAUCACAGGCCCUUCACCCUUGAAUUAACUUUAUGCUAGGUUGUUUGUAUUUUUGUAGAACAA